AGUAAAUGUCAAGCUAUUUGUCUAAACUGGAAGAAGAACGGAUGUAAUCUGUAAAAUAUUUUUUUAAUUUGAUAGAGUGUACUAAAAUUAUAUAAGUGAUACAUACAAGGAAACUGGUUAUUACACCCUGAAAGUGGCACUAAUGGAACAAACAAGGUUUAUUUGUCUUAUUCUUUUUCUCGAGGUUUCAUAUGGAAAACGGAACGACAGUUCUAUUUGUUCAACAUCCGACAACCCAGAGAAAUGUUGUUCUGGAAACAGAAUAAUAAACGGAAACUGUACAGAGUGUGUUGGUUUUAUUGGAGAAAACUGCGUAACCCCGUGUCCAGUAAAUUAUUAUGGUGUGCAGUGUGAUUCUGAAUGUAACUGUACGGAGGAGGAAGAAUGUAAUCCAUAUGUUGGAUGUCUCCAUACCAUGUGUAAGAUGUUUAUUAUGUAACAAAAAGUCUUCCUUUAAAAGACAAAGUUCAACUGUCCUAUUCUGUUUGUUUUUAGAUAGUUGUUAAAAACUUUGUUGAAUUAGAAUUCCGGUCGAAGGAAGUUAAAAUUAAAACAUUAACAUAAGUACUACUUACCUUAGUAAUUUGAUAUUUAUUAUCUAUAAAAGAAAAAAAUAAAUG